AUGCCUAACCUUUCCAUCAUGUGGUGUUUAUUGGAUACGGGCAUGGAGCAGGUUGUGUAUGCCUGUACCUAUCGGUCGCACAGUGGUGAUCGGGAGACGACUCGGAUGUUCGACUAUCUCAGUGAGACGGCUGACAUGGUCCAACGUCGGUAUCCAGCUGCCCAAAUGGUAUUUCUGGGGGAUUUUAACGCUCACCACCAGGACUGGCUGUUCCCAUACCAGAAUACCGACCACGCCGGGAGAGAGGCGCUCAAAUUUGCUCUGUCGCCAGAUCUUACCCAGCUAGUCCAUGAAGCAACACGAGUACCCGACGUUGACGGCCAUACACCUAAUUGUUUGGACCUUCUGUUGACAACUGACCCCGACCGGUCCUCGGUAUCAGUUGCAGCUCCCCUGGGCACAUCUGAUCACUGUGUGGUAAAGUCAGUAUCUAACUUUCACCCUCUGGAUACAGGUCCUACCGGAACCAGACGUGUGUGGCGAUAUAAGUCGGCAGAUUGGGAUGAGAUGCGACACUUUUUUGCAUCCUACCCUUGGCGGCGGACUUGCUUCUCUUCCAGUGAUCCGUCGAGUUGCGAACAAGAAAUAUCGGAAGUGAUACGUCAGGGGAUGGAGUACUUCAUUCCAUUUGCUGAUGUAUCACUAGAUGGCAAGAUCCCUAGGUGGUAUAAUGCAGAAUGUGCCGAAGCUGCAGCCCGUAAGGACUCAGCGUUUGCAGCGUGGGCUGAAGCCCGUACCCUUAAAUUUCCGGACAUAACUACGAGGAAGAGAGCGUUCAACUCUGCUGCCAAGUCCUACAAAAGGGUUCUUAAAAAAGCUCGUUUCAACCGUAUUAAACGCAUCGGAGCCCAACUAGCUUCCCAUCCGCGCGGUAGUAGAGCAUUUUGGUCACUCUCUAAGUCGGUUGAAAUGAGCUUCUGCCGUCCCUCGCUGCCUCCUCUGCUUAAACCAGAUGGAUCGCUGGCCUUUACUGCGACAGACAAGGCUAACCUUUUAGCGAAUCUGUUUGCAGAAAAUUCGCUCCUUGAUGCAGGUAGUGCCUCACCGCCCAGACAUCCACCUUGCGACUCUGUUAUGUCAGAACUACGCAUUCGCCAAACUGAGGUUUUGAGAGUACUCCGUAACUUGGACGUGAAUAAGCAAAUCCAGCCUCUGUUUGAAACACUCGAUAUCAAUGGUAUCGAAUGCAAUUCCGCUCGACUACAGACAGAGUAUCAAAUCAGAUUAAUGCCGCUCAGCCACGAAGACAUCAAUUACAUGUAG